AUGCUAUCUGAAAACAGCACUGAGAACAAGAAAAAUGGUUUUGCUUCUCCUCUGAACAAGAUACCUCUUCCCUUACCAGUAAACCCCAGCCAUGGAGGCCGCACCCUCACCUGCCGGGCCCAGCCCAGACCCUGCAACCUGAGGGAUGGGGUUGGCUCCACAGCUGUCCUCAGGAUCAGAGAUGGGAUCUGGCAGGCACAGACUGGGUUCCAGCCUAAAUCACCCCCAGGACGAAGGCAGCCAAGCUGUGGGGAGCACAUCACUGUGGUGCUCCAGCCAUCAGGGCCCGAGCCAGCCAGUGGCCUGACAUUCUUUCUCAACCAGAAAGCGACCCUUUUGUCUUCCUGA